GGGAGAACGGGGAACUGGUGGCGCCUGUCCCGUACAGGCUCUACACCGCGCAGCACAUCGAGCCCGAUCGAUCUCAUGUCGCCUCUCCGCAGGACAUCACCCCGUAUCCAUGCAGAGCUCCACUUCAGUGAGCUGUCAUUGAUCCAAGGCUCGGAGAGGUAGCUGGAGACACCGUAUAUAUAAUCCCAACUAAAGUUCUCUUCUUCUUCUUUUUUUUCUUCUUUUUUGGAGGAUAACCCAACUAAAGUACUCGAUCCAAGAAGAUCUCGUGAUUAUUGGUUCAUGCAUGUAGAGAUCGACCUACUGCCUGCUAGCUGCUUCUAGUUCAUCCGGCACCUCUAUAUAACCACCCUGAACCUCACAUACGAAUGCCAUCCAAUUGAAGCUACUCUUCUGAAUUAUACCACUCGCUCACAGAACGUUGGCACUGUCUUUCCUCCUGCUGUCCUGCACGAUGGCGGCGGCUCAGGUCAUGGCAGCACCCGUUCAUGACAAUAACAAUUGCUCAAAGGAGGAGAAGAACCGUGACAUCACCCAAGACAUGCCCUUCACCGAGGCGGAGGAACAAGCACCUGAUGCAAAGGUGCGUGACAACGGCGACUCCAUGGACGAGGAGGUCACGAUCGCGGUUGAUACGGAUGAGGGGCGAGGCUUAGCACAGGAAGUCGAAGCCAAGCUCGCCGUCGAGCCUGCAGAAGGUGGAUUAAAGGAAACCAAGGAAGGAAGACCCCGCCCGGCAAAGAAGACUGAGAAGGCGGCCGCCAAGGGGGCGGUCGUCCCCGUCGACGACCACACUGCUGAUGAGGCUGCUGAGCCGAAAGGGGCAAAGAAGGCCGAGAAAGCGGCGGCCAAGUGGGCUGUAGUCCCCGUCGACGACGACACUGAAGAUGAGGCCGCUGCGCCGGCGGAUCAGGCACCGGGGCCAGCGCCUAUUGCUCAUGAGGAGGCGGCGGAGGCGGCCUGCGAGGAAGCGAUCAAAGGUGGCACGAAAUGUGAGAAAGCUCACGAGGAAUAGGGGAUGUGUUGUGGUGGUUUGCUUUGCCGGAUUCAAUAACGUAGCGAUAAGGUAGUGAAUUCGGUCGGGUUUAAGGUUGUAAUCGAAGCAGUCAGGUGGCGUUGAUCACUUGGUAUCGUGCAGGGUAUUGCCUACAAUAAAACAAAUCGUGUGGUGUUUUUCUUACCCAAAAA